GCCACGGAUCUGUCCUCAUCGAGGCUCUGGCUCAGCGCCUCCGCCGUCGCCGCCUUGGUGAGUACAAGCCCCACUGCCUCACUCUGGCGCUGUGGUCCUUCGCGGAACUUGGCGUCAACGACAUGGUCCUGGCGGACAGCAUUGCGUUGGAGCUGCGGCGGGAGGCAGACUGUCUCCAGCCCCAGGAGGUCUGCAACAUCAGCUGGGCGUUGGCUCAUGGCUUCCGCAGCCCGAGGUUGCUUGAUACGCUCCGAGAAGCGUUGGCAGGCGACGUGCUGCGGCGGUUUAAGCCCCAGGAGUUCUCGAGCCUGAUGCAGUCCAUUACGACAGGAGGCGUCCCCCUCCCGGGGCUCUUCGGUCGCUGUGGAGCUCCUGCGCUGAGGCUCGCCAAGAGCAUGAAGGCCAAGCACAUCCUGAGCACGCUCAAGGCAUGCGAAGUGGCUGGGUGUCGGGAGUGCCCCGACCUCGUGCCGCGGCUCCUGGAUGUGGCCGUGGACCAGAUUGGGAACUUCGAGGCCCAUGAGCUGGUGGCGGCCACUUGCGCCGCAGCAGAGCUCUAUCCCGAACACCCAGGAUUCUUCAAAGCCUGCGCCUCCUGCUUGGUGCCCCUGCUCUCCGAGCUUUCGGUGGACAAUCUUGCUGACCUCAGCAACGCCUUCGCCAAGUGCCGA